AUGUCAUCAGGAAAUACUAAAAGAUUGGCUUGUUCCAAUUGUCGGCGCAGGAGAAAGAAGUGUGAUUUAGGAUACCCCUGUGGUACUUGUGAAAGGUUGAAAUUGGUGUGUAACGUUAAUGAUGUUGAUUUAAGAAAGAAAAGGUAUUCUGCUUCAUAUGUAAAAUCUUUGGAGAGUCAAGUUUCUAAUGUUGAAGCUAAUGUAAGAAAUUUAUCCGAAAAAUUGUAUCCAGAUUUUGCUAAAACAUUCGAUAAUAUGCCCCUAAAUGAAGUAUUGUCAACCUUGGUUACUGUUCACGAAGAUCAAUCAGAGCCAAAUAAAUACGAACAGAUUAGAAAUUUGCUACAGAUAGAGAAAUCUGUAAAUUCAAAUUCUAAUGUAGGUCCCUUAUCUAGUUCAUUGGAUGGAAACUCGAAUCAGAAUAAAUUAAACAGUAGUGGUAAUCCUAAUGAGAAUUUUAUGGUUUCAAAAAAGAAGAAAACUUUCGUUAAAGGGAGUUUAUACCCAGAAGGUCCAGUGAGUUACCAAGCAAAAUCCAAGUCUCAUUCUUUGCCGGUUUCUACGUCGGUCUCUAAUGACAGUCCUUCACCAGGGUCCCAAAUGCCUAGAAAGUCGAAUUCUCCAAAUGAUUCUAAUACAUUGUUGAAUAAGCCAUUAUCAAACUCAAGAGAACGUAUUUCUGAUUUAAAGACAACAAUCAUUGUCAGGUCCUCUGAUACUAAGAACGCUAAUCUAAUUAACAAUGACCCGAAUAUUCUGAAGGCAUUAUCAAACUUUUACAAAUGGUUGUAUCCAGGUCAUUUUAUCUUUGUACAUAGAGAAAGUUUCUUAUAUGGUUUUUUUAAUCAUGCAGAAAAUAAUUAUAGAGAUUCACAGUACUGCUCCACAGAAUUGAUUUAUGCAGUAUGUGCUAUUGGUUCUAGAUUAUCAGAAGACCUUCAGGAUUUAUCAGAAGUUUACUAUGAAAAAUGUAAGAAAGCAUUGCUUGAAAUAGUAUUUGAUGAAACUAGUGUAGCAUGUAUCACCACUGUUCAAGCAUUAUUUUGUCUGGCAUUUUAUGAAUUAGGGAAAGGUAAUAAUCAAUUAGCAUGGUAUUUUUCCGGGUUGGCUAUUCGUGUCGGUUAUGACAUGGGCUUCCAAUUAGAUCCUCAAGUUUGGUUUACUGAUGAUAGUAAUUUAAAACUAACCAAUAGUGAAUUGGAAAUUAGAUCCAGAAUUUAUUGGGGAUGCUAUAUAGCUGAUCAUUUUAUAUGCUUAAUGUUGGGAAGAACCUCUUCGUUAAGCGUUAGUAACUCAACUAUCCCAGAAUCAGAUGAAUUACCCGAAGUUGAAGGUACCGAAGAGUUUAGAUUUGCUAGUAGACAUGUUUUGCAAAUUUCAUUACCAUUAAAGAAUCUAAUUAUUCUUUCAAGAAUUGUCCAAGUUUUUACUUCUAAAAUUUUCAUUGAAACUGAUGAUACGGAACAAAAAGUAUUAUAUUUAACAAAGUUUAAUUCGCAUGUCUCUAAUUGGAGACAAUCAUUGCCAGAUUUCUUGAAGUGGUCAAAGGAUAUUUUGAAAGAUGAAAAUGUCUCUACAGAUCCAACCUUAUCAUAUUUCUGGUACUACUAUUAUAUUGUUAGACUGACUUUCAACAAACCAUUUAUAGAGGACUGUUUGGAAGCCAGAAUAGUUGUAAUUGAAAUCAUUGAUGAUUUAAAAACGUUAUUUAAUAACUUCAAAAACAAGUUUGGAUCAUAUGAUAAAGCCAAUUUGUAUCAAUUGUAUUCAUGUUUAUUGGCAAUCAAGUGUUUGAAAAACUUAAAAGAGUUUUCAAAGGAAUCUUCAAACUAUGUUGAAUGGGAUUGGGAUAAUGAGUUAUCAUUUUUCAGUAAUAUAUUUUAUCAGGAAUUCUCCCAAGCAUUCGAAUUGCCGAGAAGGUUACAAGAAGAUAUAGAAUAUGAAAUUGAACAAGAAAAACAAGAAAUGAAUCAAGUCAGUAAUAUCAAUUACACACAUGAUUUCUCUUUGAGUAACGAAAUUGAUGAUUUAAUUAAAGAAUUGUUCGAUAUAGCAUACGAUAACAAUGUUAAUGGCAACAUAGUUCCUUCCACCUAA